AUGCAGAGAAAGUCAAUCUCCAUUUGUCCGCAGACCCUCACCCUCACUCUCGAGAUCUCCGUCGACGCACCCCUCACCCUCGAUCUCUCUGUCGCCGCACCCUCACCCUCCCUCUCGAUCUCUCCGUCGCCGCCUCUACCUCAGCCAGCCGAUUGUAGCCGCACCGCCACCGUCGCCGACCGAAUAGCACAGGCAGAAGGGACGAUUCGCACGGAGCGAAGAGCACAGGCCGAAGAGCUCACUGUGCAAGCUGAGCCAAUCAUGGACCCUUAUGGCCCUUCUAUAGUUGAUGAAAAUUUGGAAGCUAUAGUGGUCAGUAAGGAGACUUUACCAGGUGGAGUUUCAGUCAAUAAAAAGAGAGUUGAAAAAGGGCUUUCACAACUAAAGCUUAAAACAAUGGCCAUGAGUACUUAUCCCCAAAAAAAUCAGAGCUCUAUCUCGCCGUUCUCCUGACUCCGCUACUCUCUCCAUUUCGCUGUCAUCUCUUGGUUUUCCGAGGUACUCUUGCUCGUCUUUGGUGUGCGUGGCGUCGUCUCCGGUGGUGGCUGUUCUCUCUUCUUGUUAAAGUUCACCUUCGACAAGUCAUAUACUACUCAAGAAAUCGAUGAAGUUAGAGAAGAAUGGGCAAUGUUAUUUUUACAUUUGGUUAGAGCAAAAUGAAUGAUGUUAUAGCUAGCUAAUUACAAUACAUGUUUAGAAAUUUUAAAUUUAUUUCGUAAAAUUUUUUGCCA